CUUCAUUAUUCAAGGCCUUCCAAGGUUCAGGGCCCAUCACCAAAGUGUUACUGAUAAUCUUAUCUGAUCCUUUUCACACUGACAGCGCUAGCGGCGGCUAGGCCCAAAGCGGAACAGCUGUCCCGCCAUUUUUCUAUCGAUACCGAUUUUCGGCCGCUUUCUUGUCCACUCCAGAAGGACGCUCGUCGCCUCGUCCUGCAUUGCUGUCGCCGUGCCAGCGGUACCCCCACGGGGAUGUCGGAAGUUAUUGACACACAAGCGCCGCCGAGCGCAGGAGCGACUGCUGUUAAAGGAAUGCGGAAGAACGGCAAGCAAUGGCAUCAAACGAAGACGGCGUUCCGGCCUCGGACGAACCAGAGCUCUUUCGAGAAGCGAGCUGCAGAGACGAAGGCGCUUGCCGCGAUCAAGGCAAAGGAGAAGGAGAUGAAGGACGAGAAGGAAGCUGAGCGACAGCGGCGAGUUGAAGCUAUUCGGACAAAACGUGCAGCGAAAGAAGAGCGAGAGCGAUACCAGAAGAUGGAAGAGAAGAUGCACAAGAAGCGCGUCGAGCGCCUAAAGAGGAGGGAAAAGCGCAACAAGAUGCUCAAGGCCUGAGCGGCAUGUGCUGCUCUGUAGAAGCAUGCGACCGCUCAAACUUUCUCCUGCCGCUACCUUGGAGCGAGGGACGCCAGCUACAAUCAGCUGUCACUAAAGCAAAGGACGUAACGAGGCGGUGAUCAUGGAUGACCGCCUUCCAGCCCGCGCAGAGGCAGUAACGUUACUUCCAGCGUCAAUGACGGGUACGACGGGUACGACGGGUCCAUGGUGACGGCACCGUAUGAACGACGGCCUAUAUGAACACUGGAUGUGGGUAUGAUAAGGGCGCCGUCGCGAAUGCCGUAUCUCCUAUCUGAAUAUCCAGCACCCUGCAACGCUCUGGGAACUAACCCAGUGUACCUCAUAGUUCUUGUUGAGAAAUGUGACUUUUGAGGGCCUUCGAC